AGGAAGGGUUGAGUGUCACUCCGUCACUGUGUUAUCUGCGAGCAGUGCCGCUGCGCCGCCUGCCCUGGUAUUCUUCAUCCAAAUGAAACUAUGAAGUGUUACCAUGGAUUUUUGAACAUCAAGUAGAAGGCAGUGAUGCCCAUCAUGGUGCUGACGGAUUCCCCUGUACAAACAGUGACGUAUCACCUUCAUCUUCAUGUCACUAAAACGCAGUAAAUUUAAUCGUUACAAAGUCAAUAGUCUGAUCGAUGUAGGAAGACGUGUUGUGUUGUGCCACAUAUUCACAAUUGGAACUCCCAGCAAGUCUGAUGCAACACCCCUGGACAAGUACCUGGCAGGACUGCCGCCCAACUCGACGGCAAACUACUCACGAAUCUCCAGCAAAGAGAAAAAAUUCAAUCCCAAUGAGCUCCAACAAAUCCACAAUGAUGCUACCUGUACUACUUUCGAUGUUUCGCUUCUCUGGAAGGCCAUUAAGCUGGCAUGUGAAAGCGUGGCGGAUUACAAUGAUAGCAACGCUUGGAAGACUCCCAGCACUAGGAUGGAAUAUUACGUCACUGCCAUUAAAGAUGAGCGCAACAACUCCAUGCAUGGGGUUCCUGAAAUCACCACUCAAGAAUUCCUGGACACGGCCGCCAAACUAAGAAAGCUGUUCCACGAUGCCCUUGGUGCUGCAAAGAUAAGGUACAGAAGAUCUGACGCAGAACUUACUGCAAAAAUCCAGGAGGUGAAUGAUGAGUUCUAUAAAGUAAUGCUUGAAGUUCUCGGCGAAGAUGAUCUUUUGAUGUACUGUGGUCCCCAGUUAAAGCAGAGCCUGAUUUUAGAGACUAAUAAGGUGCUGAAAGAGCACUUCAUGAAUUCUCUCAACCUUGAUCCAAUGUCCUUCUUGAACGACAUUAAAUUACACAUCCACGUACAAAAAGUGUUUACUGAAAUAAAAGUAACUCGGGGCCGCAUCAGAGGUGAAGGAGAAAGUUUUAAGUAUGAAAACCUAGUUGAAGUAGCCCGAUCAGGCCCAAAACCGUCAGAGCCUCAGGUGCUGUUCGUGGAGGGCAUAGCAGGAAGCGGCAAGACGACAUAUGUUACCCUGGUGACAGACGAAUGGCUAAGAGAUGCUAAGGAUCGCACCAUCACCGGUCUGGACUACUACGACCUGCUACUGCGUGUCCAGUGUCGGGAGAGGAAAAUAAUUUCCCUUUACAGUCUUUUUGAGAAUGAAAUGCCAGAUGUGUUCCUGAAAUUCCGCAGUCUCGCCCUGCCUCUUGUUAAACAAUGCAAAAUCUUAAUUCUUAUCGAUGGACUCGAUGAAUGUAACGAAGACUCAGAAAAACUCAUCGAUGAUAUCUUGACUCGAAUGAAAACUGCUAAUGGAUGCACUAUUCUGUUUACCUCUAGGCCUGAGGGUAUUACCAGAUUUAUUAGUAGAGUUCCACAUAUGUAUCAAGUAUCGUAUAUAGAGCUCAUUGGCAUUCCUAAAUCAUGUCGUGCUCUCUUUGUUCGUCGAUACCACGAGGAAAUUAAGCAAAAGAUUGGUGACACUCAGGACACAGAAAAACUUGUGGAAAAGGUUCAUGAAGUGCUGAAAAAGGAACAUUUCAGACUUCCCUUGAAUAUGGUAUUUCUUACUUGGAUUUAUAUCCAUGAUCCCUCAGCCAUCACUACCACCACCACCCAGACGCAGCUGUACUACAGCACUUACAAGCUGUGUCAGCAGAAGCUGCUGGACAGACUUGCCCGCCACAGUGCUACACGCAGCUCUGACCGACGAGAACUUGAAAUUCGUUUAAAAGAUCCAAUGGAAACAAUCCAAUUCGAGUCUCUUUUGGCACUAUGGCGCUCCCAGUUGACCCUCGAGGCUGAGGCCGAGGAUCAUAUUAGAAUUUCUUGUAAAACUCAUGGUAUACCACAUGCCGAGUUACUUUCGGCUUUCCUCACCCUAAAAGCGAAAAAGACACAUCUUGGAAUAAUUGGACAGUAUUCAGCACCUCAUAAGGGGCUACAAGAUUUCUACGCAGCAAUGCAUAUUGCCACACACCGCAAACUCGGAUCUACCUCAGCCACCGUCAAAGAGGUGUUGCAGGAAGCCCUCGGAAAACUAGAUAAGGGCUUAAGGCCACUUCAAAACGUACUGUACCAUGUGGCGGGAUUGCUUCACCUCCCACCCAGCAUGGUAACACAGACAGUAUCAGAGGAGUUGUUACGGACCAUAACAAGGGAAAUUGUUGAUAUGCUGUAUGAAUCUGGGUUAAGGAUGAGAGAACGAUGGCUGGAUCUGGUAGAAGACACACGAGUUAAUCCUACUGUAUUAAGACGAGUAGCUCCUUACUUUGCCGCUCAAGAUAAAUACGAAUAUGUUUUUACGUUCAAUGAGAUAGAGGAGGAUGUAAAGGAAACGGAAGGAACGAACGUAGAGAAAAAGAUAGAUAAGCAAGAUCAAAAUAUCGAGGAAGAGAAGAGUAAAGAAAAACAAACGAGGAAUAAAGGAAAAAUUAAAACUGAUGGUAGUAACCCUUCCUUCCCAAAGAAAAUUAAGACGGUAGGAAUAUAUGACACUCGUAUUGAUUGCUCACUACCCCUGAUUCUCCUCCUGCCACCCUGUGAAAUAAAGAUAUUGUUAGAGCAAGACCCAGGACCACGCAUGGCAGAUCUGAUCAAUGCCACGAGGCACCAUUUCUGCAUCUCCUUGUUACUGAGCCAUCAUUUCAGAAAACCGAACCCAGCAGGCACUAGUGACCAACUCCUGCAGCACAUGUUACCAAGAAGCAAACUACUGGCGUUCAGGGGACUUCUAACAGAAAGCAGUCUACACCUUCUUCCUCCCUCUCUAAGAGGCAUCGAACUGGCUAUCACCGAUGAUGAUCACGCAGCUCGCACCUUGUCAGCUCUCCAUUCUGUCUAUCACAAGUUGCCUGUUCUAUCCCGUCUCGGUAUCCAUGUCCCAGUAACCAAAGUGGCGUCUUCCUCCUUCAUCCCAGUGCUACCCGAAAAUAAAAUCAAUAAUAUCCACUUGCAUCUCUCAGGGGUCAAUGAGCAGCUGAUAGGAAAUGCGUGUCGUGUGGCCGAGGCGCUGCAGUGUCCAGGGGGGUAUCAGUCUCUAUACCUACCGCGCGCGUCAUUAUCGAGCGCGGGCUGGCAAAGGCUACUGGAAGGCUUGGCUGAAGCACGUGUUCAGGUGAAACAAAGUAUAAACAUGAAAACUAACGAUGAAAAUCUCGCCCAGCUGAAAAUUCCAGCUAAAGACAAGCUUGGCUGUGAUGUACGCUUCGAACAAUUUCUCGAGUGGUGAUUGGCCGAAUCGAAGGAGAUGUGCAGGCAGGCGGGUUUUAUUUUCUGUAUGAAAAAUUCGUCAGGUGAUUCAUUAGAUUUACUUUGCAGUUUCUAGUAAACUUCAGAGUUGCAGAGAGAGAGAGAGAGAGAGAGAGAGAGAGAUUGGCAUCACUAAAAUUAUGAAGUUCUCUACCCUGUCCAUGCUCGUAAAAUACAGUAGGCAAUUAAUGAUAAAUUUGUGCAAUAUAUAGUACAGUAUACUUUGUUGCUCUGUGUGUGUGUGUGUGUGUGUGUGUGUGAGAUUUUGAAAUAAUAAUAUUUAAUAACAACACAAGUAAAAAAAAUUUCAAACCAGAACCACGUAUAUUUUCAAUUACAUUUUAUCACGGAUUACUUUUGAUUAUUAAUUUUCAAAUUGCUUUACAUACAAUUCAUUAUAGAUUACCGUCUAUUAAGUUAUUGUGCGUGAAUUUUAUCCUGAAAUGUGGCUUCAUUGCCGUAAAAUAGGUAGGUAGAUAGUCAGAUAAGUAGACCAUACAUACUUUGUGAUAUACAUAAAUAGUUUCUGACCAAGUUUUAACUUAUCCUAAUAACCUUACUGCCCUGUUGAACGGCUAUGUAGGCUGCCUUGUGUUUGAGGGACACUGAAAUAUUUCAUAUAUGUAAUAUUCAUUAGAUUAAUUUGAAUAUCAAUAUUAAUAUUGACUAAGAAGAAAUUAGCCUUGUUAUAUUACUGAAAAAAAGAUAAAAUAAGUGAGUUACACAGGUGAAAAAGAAUUAUUAACAUCUGGAAAAUAUUUGAAUGCGCACUUUACAU